AUGCCGUCUUCCAAGAAAACCUUACACUUCCUGACUAGUUCCCUGGCCACCAGCGCUGGUGUCGGCAUGCUGGGUUAUGGGAUGUCAACCCAGUGGUCCGUUUCGGAGAUGAACUGUUCGCCUCGGGGAGAACAGAAUUUCACCGGCACAGCAAAUGUAAAGUUCGAGCUUUUCUCGUGCCAGCUGGCAAAAAGAUCGUGUCCCAGCUUUAACACCGACGGUAAUUUUGAAGUUUUUGAGCUACUCGCCGAUGUUGGGGGAGCUUCUUUCAUCCUUCAUGCCAUCAUCAUAGGCCUCUUAGCCCUCACCUUACUGAGCUCAGCAUGCAGCAUACUGAUCACUCUCUACAACAGCGUCAGCAACCCUUACCAGACCUACAUGGGACCCUUGGGCCUGUACACCUGCAGCUCCAUCAGUAGUGUCCUUUCGCUUUUGGUGCUGGUUUUGUUCCUGAUAAACACGCUAGUGGUCGGCGUGCCUCAAGAGCUGGUUCAGAGUAACGUGGCAGUGGAUCUCAAGGACAUCAGUACACAGCUGCAGGUGGGAUUCUACCUGCUGAUCCCUUUCAUGGUGUGCAGUGUGUUUGCCAUCCUGUGUGUCUUCAUGUACGAGCACUCAGCCUACACCCAGAGGAAGGAGCAGCAGCGGCCUACAGAGGACGCGCCCAAAGAGAUCAUGAUGUACUGACCGUCGGCAAAUGGCCGCCAGAAGACUAGAGCUACGGUACAUGA